GUAUAUGUGCCUUUAACUUUAGUAUAGCUGAAAAUAUAGACCAAUAUGAAUUUAUUGGAGUAUUUUAUUUUAUAGUGUCAAAAAAUUUGUAUAGAAUGAUUAAUAAAUUAAAUGCGUAUAAUUGUAUCGUAGACGCAUGAUCCCCGUAACCGUCUACGAGAACUUAGAAAUGGCAACUGGAGGUAGUAGUUUCAUAAGUAAACCAGCCAGAGGAUGGUUACACCCUGAUCACUUAGUGAGUAAAGAAGGAAUUACUUAUACUGUUAAAUACAUCGGAUGUUUGGAAGUAUAUACAUCUAUGAAAAGUUUAGAUUUUGAAACAAGAUCAUGUGUUGCCAAAGAAUGUAUAAACAGAGUUUGUGAAGCAGCUGGUUUAAAAUCUGCAGACAAAAAAAGAAGAGUGGAUAGAAAAGUGUUAAGAGCAAUAGCAGACAAACCUCGCAUGGAACAUACAGGUGCUACAAUAAAUUUGACCAUUAGUAGCUGCAGUUUAGCUUUGACUAAUAUAGAAACUGGACACAUUAUUGCCAAACAUGAAAUGCCACGUAUAUCUUUUGCUUCAGGAGGAGAUACAGAAAUACUGGAUUUUGUUGCAUACGUUGCUAAAAACAUGCAAGAAUGGCGUGCUUGUUAUGUACUAGAAUGUGGAGGAGGACUAGCUCAAGAUGUUAUAUCCACAAUUGGUCAAGCUUUUGAAUUACGAUUUAAAGAAUUUCUUACAAAACCAGCUUCAUUACACCCUAUAUUAAAUGGCAUAAGAGAAGCAGAUAGAGAUUAUUAUAAUGAUUUGCCUGGCAAGGUACCACCAGAUAUUGGACCUCCACCAGUUCCACCUUUACCAACUUCAGCAUCAACUUUACCCAAUUUAAAACAUCAUCAUUCUGUUCAAAAUCACAUGUCACGAAGCACUGUACAAAAUUCUGUUUUGCAUGAUACAUUUUCUGUCAAUCCUGAUAGACAUCAUCAACAAUGGGCAGAAACUGGUAACUUGAUUGAUUUAAAUUCUGAUGGAACAUCAACAAAUUUCAAUAUUCCUCCUGAACAUAACUAUGUAAAUGACAGUGUUAUAGCAGCUACGAGAGAAAGUCAUCGUGAUCAGACAUCACUUUUUGAUGUGUUUGACAUGCAGCCGUUUAGUUCUGCAAUAUCAGAUAUGAAUAGAUUAAGUCCACAUUCUCAAAAACAACAAUUAAAACAAGAGAUGUGGUUUCAUGGCAGUGUUAGUCGGGCUGAAGCAGAAUCAAUGCUAACAAGGGAUGGUGAUUUUUUGGUUCGAGAAUCUCAAGGCUCACCUGGUCAAUAUGUCCUCACUGGUAUGAAUAAUGGUACACCAAAACAUUUAUUACUAAUUGAUCCAGAAGGUGUAGUUCGCACGAAAGAUCGCGUUUUCGAUAGUGUUAGUCAUUUAGUAAAUCAUCACUGUGACAAUGUAUUACCAAUUAUAUCUGCCGACAGUGUUUUAGUACUUCGAUAUCCAAUUGCCAGACGUGUAAAUAAUUGAUUUUUACAAAUUUAUAAUAGUGCUCAAAA